AAGGGGGAUUUUGUCCAAUUAAAGAAAGAGGAAUGAAGUCUGGCGCUGGAGGAGAGUCCCUCGCCGUCGUCUGGGGGUUCCUGCUCGUCUUCGCCGCACUUUGUCUGUGGCCAACAAAUGGGGAAAUUUGCGGGCCAAAUGUCGACAUUCGCAAUGAUAUCCAUGAGCUGAAGCGCCUGGAGAACUGCACGGUGAUCGAGGGUUUCCUACAGAUCCUGCUCAUCUCCAAAGCAGAGGAUUACCGCAACUUCCGCUUCCCAAAGCUCACUGUCAUCACUGACUAUUUGCUGCUGUUCCGUGUGGCAGGCUUGGAAAGCCUCAGUGAUCUCUUCCCCAACCUCACAGUCAUUCGUGGCAGGAACCUCUUCUACAACUAUGCCUUGGUUAUCUUUGAAAUGACAAAUCUGAAAGAGAUUGGGCUUCACAACUUGAGGAACAUCACCCGCGGGGCCAUCCGGAUCGAGAAGAACUCUGAUUUGUGUUACCUCUCCACGGUGGACUGGUCUCUCAUCCUAGAUGCAGUGUCCAAUAACUACAUCGUUGGGAAUAAACCUCCAAAGGAAUGUGGGGACUUGUGUCCGGGAACAAUGGAAGAAAAGCCAUUGUGUGAGAAGACAUCUAUUAACAAUGAGUACAACUACCGCUGCUGGACCACCAACCACUGCCAGAAAAUGUGCCCCAGCUCGUGUGGGAAACGAGCCUGCACAGACCAAAACGAGUGUUGCCACCCCGAGUGCCUGGGGAGCUGCACGGCGCCCGACAACAACACGGCAUGCGUGGCCUGCCGCAACUACUACUACGAGGGUGUGUGCCUGCCCACCUGCCCCCCCAACACCUACAAGUUCGAGGGCUGGCGCUGCGUCACCAGGGAGUUCUGCUCCAAAGUGCCCGCCACGGACGCCAGCGAAUACGAGAAGUUUGUGAUUCACAACGACGAGUGCAUGGCCGAGUGUCCCUCGGGCUUCAUCCGCAACGGGAGCCAAAGCAUGUUCUGCAGCCCUUGUGAGGGGCCUUGCCCCAAAAUUUGUGAGGAUGGGAAAACGAAGACCAUUGACUCAGUCACGUCAGCACAAAUGUUGCAGGGAUGCACAAUUCUCAAGGGAAAUCUGCUGAUCAACAUCCGGCGUGGAAAUAACAUUGCCUCAGAACUGGAGAAUUUUAUGGGUCUGAUUGAGACAGUAACAGGAUAUGUGAAGAUUCGUCAUUCCCAUGCAUUGGUCUCCCUGUCUUUCCUGAAGAACCUGCGGUACAUUCUGGGAGAAGAGCAGGUGGAUGGGAAUUAUUCCUUCUAUGUGCUUGACAACCACAAUCUUCAGCAGCUGUGGGACUGGAACCAUCAUAACUUGACAAUCAGUGAGGGGAAAAUGUACUUUGCAUUUAAUCCUAAACUGUGUGUUUCUGAGAUUUACCGAAUGGAGGAAGUUUCAGGAACCAAGGGACGACAGAGCAAAGGAGAUAUAAAUCCAAGGAACAAUGGGGAGAGAGCCUCUUGUGAAAGCAAAAUUCUGCAUUUUGUUUCCAACACGACACUCAAGAAUCGGAUUAAACUGACAUGGGAGCGGUAUCGCCCUCCAGAUUACAGAGACCUCAUUAGUUUCACUGUUUACUACAAAGAGGCACCAUUCAAAAACGUGACAGAGUAUGAUGGGCAAGAUGCAUGUGGCUCCAAUAGCUGGAACAUGGUUGAUGUUGACCUGCCACCAAACAAAGAGAACAAUCCUGGAAUUCUGCUGCAAGGGUUGAAACCUUGGACUCAAUAUGCCAUUUAUGUCAAGGCUGUUACCCUCACAAUGAUGGAAAAUCAUCAUAUUCAUGGAGCAAAAAGUGAAAUUAUAUAUAUUCGAACCAAUGCUGCAGUGCCAUCCAUUCCCCUGGAUGUUAUUUCAGCAUCCAACUCCUCAUCCCAGCUGAUUGUGAAAUGGAAUCCUCCCUCUCUUCCCAAUGGGAACCUCUCCUACUACAUCGUGCGCUGGCAGCAGCAGCCUCAGGACAGCUACCUGUACAGACACAAUUACUGCUCCAAAGAUAAAGUCCCAAUUCGAAGAUAUGCUGAUGGGACCAUUGAUACAGAAGAAGCCACUGAGCCCACCAAGCCAGAGGGCUGUGGAGGAGAAAAAGGACCUUGUUGUGCUUGUCCCAAGACAGAGGCAGAAAAGCAAGCGGAGAAGGAGGAAGCAGAGUACCGGAAAGUCUUUGAGAACUUCCUUCAUAACUCCAUCUUUGUCCCCAGGCCCGACCGGAAGCGGAGGGACGUGUUCCGAAUCGCCAACACCACCUUGGCCACUCGGAACAGGAACGCAACGGGGACCGACCACUUCACCAACGCCUCUGACACGGAGGAGAGCGAGGUGGAAUAUCCCUUCUUUGAGACCAAGGUGGAUGGCAAGGAGAGAACUGUCAUCUCCCAUCUCCUGCCUUUCACUCUUUACCGCAUCGAUAUUCACAGCUGCAACCACGAGGCCGACACGCUCGGCUGCAGCGCGUCCAACUUCGUGUUUGCCAGGACAAUGCCCUCAGAGGGAGCAGAUAACAUUCCAGGAACAGUGUCAUGGGAAGCAAAAGAGGAAAAUACUGUCUACCUGAAGUGGUUGGAGCCUGCAAAUCCAAAUGGGCUGAUCCUGAUGUAUGAAAUCAAAUAUGGGCAGCACGGAGAGGAGAAGCGAGAAUGUGUUUCCAGACAGGAAUACAAGAAGCUUGGAGGAGCUAAACUAACUCACCUGAACCCUGGAAACUACUCUGCCAGAGUUCAGGCCACUUCCUUAGCUGGGAAUGGGUCCUGGACUGAGCCCAUCUCUUUCUAUGUGCAGCCCAAAUCAGCAAACUAUGGAAACUUCCUGCACUUGGUAAUUGUGCUCCCUAUUGCUCUGCUGCUCAUCCUUGGGGGAUUGCUGAUAAUGCUCUACGUCUUUAACAAAAAGAGGAACAGUGACAGACUGGGCAAUGGAGUACUUUAUGCUUCUGUGAACCCUGAGUACUUCAGUGCCUCAGAUGUGUACGUUCCAGACGAGUGGGAGGUGCCCCGGGAGAAGAUCACCAUGUGUCGGGAGCUUGGGCAAGGCUCCUUUGGAAUGGUGUAUGAGGGAAUAGCCAAGGGAGUGGUGAAGGAUGAGCCAGAGACCAGGGUGGCCAUCAAGACGGUCAAUGAGUCUGCGAGCAUGCGUGAGAGGAUCGAGUUCCUGAACGAGGCCUCGGUGAUGAAGGAGUUCAACUGUCACCAUGUGGUUCGGCUGCUUGGUGUUGUUUCUCAGGGCCAGCCUACACUGGUUAUCAUGGAGCUGAUGACACGUGGGGACCUCAAAAGUUACCUGAGAUCAUUGAGGCCAGACACAGAGAACAACCCUGGGCAGGCACCCCCGACCCUGAAGAAGAUGAUCCAGAUGGCGGGAGAGAUCGCUGACGGCAUGGCCUAUCUCAACGCCAACAAGUUCGUGCACAGGGACCUCGCCGCCAGGAACUGCAUGGUGGCCGAGGACUUCACAGUCAAAAUUGGAGAUUUUGGCAUGACGAGAGAUAUCUACGAGACAGAUUAUUACCGGAAAGGAGGGAAGGGUUUGCUGCCUGUCCGCUGGAUGUCCCCGGAGUCGCUGAAAGAUGGAGUCUUCACAACACACUCCGAUGUCUGGUCCUUCGGAGUGGUGCUGUGGGAGAUCGCGACGCUGGCGGAGCAGCCGUACCAGGGCAUGACCAACGAGCAGGUGCUGCGCUUCGUCAUGGAAGGGGGGCUGCUGGAAAAGCCAGACAAUUGUCCCGACAUGCUGUUCGAGCUGAUGCGCAUGUGCUGGCAGUACAACCCCAAAAUGAGACCCUCCUUCCUGGAAAUCAUCGGUAGCAUCAAAGACGAGCUGGACCCAGCCUUCAAAGAGGUCUCCUUCUUCUACAGUGAAGAGAACAAGCCUCCGGACACAGAGGAGCUUGACCUGGAGACUGAAAACAUGGAGAGCAUUCCUUUAGACCCCUCCUCCACCCUGCAACCCACUGACAAGCACUCAGGACACAAGGCCGAGAACGGCCCUGGCGUGGUGGUGCUGCGGGCCAGCUUCGAGGAGCGACAGCCGUACGCGCACAUGAACGGGGGCCGCAAGAACGAGAGGGCCCUGCCGCUGCCCCAGUCCUCGGCCUGCUGAUCCUCGGAGCCCCGCAGAAACAAAACACACACAAACACAGGCAUUGGGGGAAGAAAGAAAGAAAAUCACAAUAUAUUCAAAAGCCUACUGUACCUCAGUGGAUCUUCAGAACUGCCAUAGCUGCACUUGGGAGAACCCUUUUUUCAGUAAACAAGUUACCGUCUUUUUCUUUUUUUUUCAAUAUGCAAGCAGAUGUUUGUUUCAGUCAAGGACUCCAGUCAUGGGGCACACAGUU